CAGACGACAAUUGGACAACGCAAAACAAGGAGCAAUAGAUAAUAAGCGUCCGUAGCCGUUCGAAGUGUUCCAAUAAAAUGAAUUUAGCUGUAUCUAAGAUUGGUUUACAAUUGUCGAAUGUAUCAAAUGUUACGCAUUUAUCCCAUUGUUUAAGGGGGCAUUUAACAAGAUUUCCAACAAAUAGCAAUAACUCUGUGAUAAUACUGAGAAACAAGUCUACCAGAUCUAACCUGCUUUAUGAAAAUCGAAAACAUUGGUUUGUACCUAAAAAAGAAACCAUCGGCCCUUACGGAUGGUUCUUAUUGAGUUUGCCUGUCUUCUCUUUUGGUUUGGGAUGCUGGCAAAUUGAAAGGCGCCAAUGGAAGUUGGCUCUAAUAAAAGAUCUGGAGACUCGAACAACCUCUGCACCUGUGCCUCUGCCCGACGACAUCGAAGAAUUACAGACGAUGGAAUACCGACCUGUUAAAGUAAGGGGAGAAUUUUUACACGAUCGAGAAUUUCUCGUAGGCCCGAGGAGCUUGAUUAUUGACGGUGCUCCUGCUAGUGGCGACGGAGGUGCAUUGUUAACUCCAGGUAGCGUUCGCACUGGAUUCAUGGUCAUCACACCGUUUAAAUUGGAGGGCAAGGACACAACUAUUCUUGUAAAUAGGGGUUGGGUACCAUUGAAAAAACGACAUCCUGAAAAACGACCGAAUGAUACGGUGAAGGGUGUUGUUGAAAUCACCGGAAUUGUUCGUUUGAAUGAAACAAGACCGCAAUUUUCUCCUAGGAACAAUCCAAGAAAUGGUGCUUGGUAUUACAGAGACCUCAAUGCAAUGGCAGAACUUGUAGACACUGAGCCCAUUUUCCUUGACUUGAUUACUAAUUUAAACACCGAAGAUGGGCCGAUUCCCAAACAAACACGUGUGACAAUGAGAAAUGAACAUAUGAGUUACAUAUUUACUUGGUUUACGCUAUCGUUGGCGACUGGAGCUAUGUGGCACAGAAUGUUUAUACGCAAACUACCUCUACUUUAAUUUUGGUUUACUGUAAUAUUGUAUAAUUUGUACGGUAUUUCAAUCCGUAUCGAGUGACAUGGAGUAAGAUAUUGUAAAAAAAAAAUAUUGGUAGAAGAUCAUUAAAUUAUCAUGAUAAUUCAU